ACGGGCGACUCCAUCACAACCUGCUGAUUUCGUGAGCCGUGGAACUGUGCGCUAGACAGAGUGUGCCUAUAUCAUUUGGAAGUGAUCAUACAGUCUGCAGUUCAUGUUCACUGGAGCGACAGUUGACUUCGGCUCGACGGAUCCACCCGCUAUCUACGAUCUCCAGCUGAAGAGUUUCCUACCUUCGAAGAAAAUUCAGAUGGCAACCUCGUUCGUUAUCGGAGUCGACGUUGGAUCGAGGUCGGCCAGAGCCGCUCUCGUCACGCUUAAAGGAAACCUGGUGCGCAAAGCCGAGAGGCCUUUGAUCGUUCGUGAAGAGAAGGGCGAAAUCUUCGAGCAGAGUAGCAAUCAGAUCUGGGAAGCGGUUUGUGAGUGCGUAAGAGAAGUGGCGUCCGGAGUCGGCGUGGAUGACAUCAAAGGAAUCGGAUUCGAUGCCACUUGCUCAUUGGUUGUUACGGACUCGGAUGGAAGCGGCGUGUCUGUGUCGGUUGACGGAGACGAUGCAUUCAACGUGAUCAUGUGGUGUGACCAUCGGGCUUCGGAAGAGGCCGCAACUAUCAAUAAGAUCGAGAGCACGGUUUUAUCAAGGGUCGGAGGGAAAAUCUCGCCCGAAAUGGAGCCACCCAAAUUACUCUGGCUUAAAAAGCACAUGCCACAGGCAUUCGCGCGGAUAAAGCAUGCGUUCGAUCUUCCAGAUUACCUAACGUACAGAGCGAGCGGUUCCACCUCCCGGAGUUUAUGCUCUUUAGCGUGUAAAUGGACAUACCACGAAGGUUGGAACACCGAUUUUUGGAGAGAAAUCGGACUCCCCGAGGUCGCGGAAAAGCUCUCGAUGAUCGGAACCGGAGUUCAAGCCCCGGGAGCAAUGGUGGGGUGCCUCUCCGAAUCCGCCGCCCAUGAGCUGGGCUUGAGCUCGUCAACUCGAGUUGGGCACUCAAUUAUAGACGCACAUGCCGGGGUGCUCGGAAUGCUUGGUGUUUUCUCACAGAAUGUCAGUUCCGAAAUUUCUAGUCGGCUCUGCAUAAUCGCUGGAACAUCGACCUGCCACAUGCUGCUCAGCGAUAGCGAGCUAUUCGUACAAGGUGUCUGGGGUCCCUACGCAGGAGCGAUCAUUCCCGAUAUGUAUCUGGCUGAGGCGGGACAAUCAGCAGCUGGAAUGCUCUUGGACCAUGUGAUCGCAUCGCACCCGCGACAUCGAGACGUCGCCGAAACGGCUCAAAAAUUCGGCGUUCACAUUGUGCAGUAUCUGACGCAGGUCGUGGCGCAUCUGGCGCACUCAAAGAAAUGCUCAAUAGACGAACUCACGAGGGACCUCCACGUGUAUCCCGACUUCCACGGGAACCGUUCACCGCUGAGUGACCCCUCGAUGCGCGGAAUGAUCUCAGGACUACAGCUGUCGGAUAGCGAGCACGAUUUGGCACUGCUAUUCCUCGCUACGGUCCAAGCUCUUGCCUACUCCACGAAGCACAUCGUGUCGAAACUGGAAUCGCGCGGCCAUCGGGUCGACAGCGUUGUCAUGUGCGGAGGUCUGGUCAAGAACCCGCUAUACGUGACGAUGCACGCCAACGUUCUGCAGAAACCCGUACUCAUACCGGAAGAGCCGGAAGCGGUUCUAUUGGGAGCCGCUAUGCUAGGAGCAAGAGCCUCGGGUUGCUUUGAAGACUUACGCGAAUCUGUUAGAGAAAUGUCCGGACGAGCUUCCGCGAGAUGGCCUGACCUGAGUACCGCGGCUUUCCAUUCGAAGAAGUACAGAGUUUACCAGGAACUCCUUCGAUGUCAGAUGGCUUCGAGGGUCAUCAUGAGCGAUUGAUCUGGAUGGACGCAUGCGGAUCGAGAUCCAGAACAACUCAGACAGCGCCGAGUCUCGGUGACCGGCUGAUCCAAAACGAACCCGAUCCCGAAUCGGAGGAUCAUUCAAGGCAGCUGGAUAUUCGACUUCGUUCCGUCGUUUAUGUACAUAGGAAUGUUCCAGUGAGAUG